CACUGCCUUGCUAUCAACACCAAAGCAUCUCAUCACUUCAACUUACAAAUUGCACUCAGCAUUGCUCAACAUGCAUCCCAGCUUCUUCCUCUUGGCCCUCACUAGCCUCGGCAGUGCCUCUCCUACUGGCCUUCUUACCACUUCCCAAGACCUGCAUUCAAGGGAAAUCCAUGCUAAUGAGCUUCACGCUCGUGCCCUAGCCAAUCACCCCAAAGACCUCAUCAUAGACUCAGGGGAUCUCAAUGACUACAUCAAGAAACACCCUAACUCAUAUAGCGUUGUCUAUCUGAAGGACAAACAGUCCUUCGUACCAUUGUCUAGUGUCUCAGUUGUCGAAGACAAAGAAACUAAAGACGACAAGUCCAAGCGUCAAUAUACAGGCCCUUGCUAUGUCUAUGACCAGUGGCAGGCUCGUGAUUCCCAAUCCUACUGGGGUCCAUGGGAGACAGCUUCCGGGUGUCUCUACACUGGAUUGAGUGAGGGCUCAGGCACCCGAACUAUUAGCUGGUCCAAAUCAGUUUCAGUUGAGGUCUCAGGGGGUUUAGAUUGGAACCCUAUCAAGGAUGUCCUGGGCGUCUCUCUCGGCCUUGCUGUUACAAACACUUGGACUGAUGGUGGCAAGAUUGACUGUAACAUCCCUGCUGGAUCAGUCGGUCAGAUCUGGGCCCAGAAAUAUCUAGGAGAAGCACAUAUGUGGAAGAGAAUGUGCCAGUCGUGCGGAGCGUCUGGUCAGAAGUGUCUUGGUGACUGGGAAGAGGCUGGAUUUGUCAAAGCUCCAACUGAUGGUUCUGAUCCUGGCAAGAACUUGAACACAGGCUGCAGCACUGGCAACGAGAAUGUCAAGUGUUAGAAUUGAUAUCUAAAUGACGUACUGAUGGGAGUUUGAUUUGGAAAUUGGAGCUGGGAGAAUGAACCAGGACGGAUCCUAAGGUGUACUUAUGGUGCGGCUCAGUUUUCACUCGCUAGUUGCUUUUAUUUAUUU